AUGUUUCAACAACACAGAUUAAAUGUUGCACCGACGUCGACGCAAGCAACAACAGGUUUAAAUACAGUAGUAACAACAGAAUAUAGUACGAAUAAAAUAUCAAUUUCAUCAACAACAUCGGAAGCAGCAGAAGCGGUACCACUUUCACAAGCCCUUACACAUAAAAGAAAAGAAACAGCUGAUCAACCUAAAAGUAACCAUAAUAAUAACAAUAAUAAUAAUAAUAAUAAUAAUUUAUCAUCGUGUGAAGUUUUUAAAGGAUGCGAUGCAUGUUCAGAUUCAGAGAAGCACGAGAGUUAUUGUCUGAGUACUGGAAGUCGAAAGGUUUUGAAAUGUAAAAUAACAGACAGCGACCAAACACAAUUUGUGUAUCAUUCUUGCACAUCCAACAGUAAAUUUACAUCAACUGUAUUAUUUUUUGAAGUUGGAGUUUUGACUAUAUUAUUGGUAUCUUUAUAUUUUGUUAGAGAAAGAAAGAGAUUCUUGUUACAACAAAACAAUGAAAGAUUAGCCAAACAACUGAAUAAAGUUUAA